AUGGCUGACGAUUCACAAGAUGGCGAAAGUGUUGAUAUUGGACAUUUACAUGUUGAUACUCAAGGCAAUGCAACAUUUAAACGUUUACCAACUAAUCAACUUGUUGAAGCACUUCAACUAAGUAUUCCAUAUAGUGUUGGUGGUUUAGAAGCAAGACCAGCACAUGAUGUACUUUGUGAAGAUUUUCUCGCUGUUGAAAUAGUACAUUUUCCAAAAACUGGAAGAACAAUACCAAAAGCCACAGCACCACAUCGUUUUAGUGAUUUUACAAUUAGUUCAUAUGCUCCUGUUGCAUUUCGACAUUUUCGAGAAAAUUUUAAUAUUAAACCAGAAGAUUAUUUAUCUUCAAUAUAUGAUGAAUUUAUUAUAAAAACAGUACAAAAAAAAGAAGCAGAAUUUUUAAAAUCUCUUCUUCCUGGUUAUUAUAUGAAUGCUACACAAAAUCAACGUACACUUUUACCAAAAUUUUAUGGACUCUAUUGUUAUCAAUUAUUACUACUUCUCAAUGUAAUUAUUUUUAUUUCUUUUUUAAUAUUUUAUUGUUUAUCACCAAUUGUUGCAUUAGCUAAAGAUUUAAAAUUAGCUCGAUCUUUAAUUUUUGCAUCUGGUACACUUGCACUAUUAUCAACUUAUUCUGGUGAAUUGAAAAUUUCAUUUGAUAUUCAAAUAGAUAAAAUACUAUUCGGUGAAUGCGGUCUUGCUGUACUUGAUGUUUGUCAACGUGUACCUUAUGGUGUACUUUACUUAUUAGAUGUAACUCCAGGGGAAAGUAGUACGGCUGCAAGGCCUGUAACUCCAACAAUAGUUGAACAAUUAAUUUAUGCACAAUUUUAUCCAAUUCUUGCAUUUUAA